CGAGCUGUCAGGCGUUCCGCCGCGGCCGCGGGGCCCGCCAGCCGGCAGGGAGCUACGCCCGGACGGCCCGCAGGCCCGUGGGAGUGGGGCGGCCGCGGCUGAGGCGAGGCGGGCCUCGCGCGUCGGCGUCAGAUCCCGCGGCAGAGGCUCCCAGGGCGGCCGGGCCCACGACGCCGAAAGCGCCGCUGCGGUUGCCGCCUCGGAGGCUUCCCCGGGCCCCGGCGGCUGGACCCGGCGCGGGCGGGAGGCUUGGGCGGGCAGUCCGGCCCGGGACUGGGACUUGGGCGACCAGGAGGUGCCGGCUGCCGCGCUCGGACCCGGUGACUUAGGAGAUUAAAAUUAAUUUGGUUGCUGAUGGUUCUGAACAAAUAGAGUUCUUUUAUUUGAGGGUAUGGCAUUUUGAAGACUGAGACGUUGGAGUUUUAUCCUUGAGGAUAAAAGAAAUCUUUGGGAAAGUCAGUAUUUUAUAUAGCAAAAAUAUGAACGUCAAACUGAAUCCUCUAAAGGCCCCAUACAAUGAAGUAGACAUUGGUGGAAGCAUUUACACCCAGUCAGCUUGAAGAGUUACAAAUGGACCCUACCACUGAGAAACCAAGAUGGCAGUCUACUAUGGGGAAUUGAGGAAAAUGGAUUAAUACAAGAGUCCUGUGAUAAUACACAACCAAGACAGGGUUCUUUUAACAUGGAUUCCAUGCAGUGAAUGAAGACGUAGGUUUCUUAUCCAACACAAAUGGACAGUGGAUUUGACUUUCUAAAGACUUUUUUUUGUGGACAUUUUGACAUUUGGAGAAGAAAGAUGGCACACUAACACAGAUAAUAGUUUUUAUGCCUGGAAUUUUUUGCAGUUUGAUUUGUAUGAGUAUGACCUUGGAAUGUUAACUUUAAUAAAAUUUAUAACACUUUAAAAUUUCUCAGUUUGGGUUUUUUUUUUUUUUUUUAAGUAGAGUUUCAUUAAAUGUUUACUUUUAUUUUAGUAAUACUUUGACCUUUAUAGUUGCCAAGUGGUAAAGUGUACUGAAUAAAGCUGGUAAAUUGGAAAUGGUGUAAUCAAAAACAUUUUACUUGGUUUAUGAAGAUUUAUCAUUUUUCACAAAGUUGUGCUCUUAGAUGGUCAUUUGGUUUAAAUACUGUUUUGUUUGUGCUUUCAUGAAACCUUUCAAAACAACUCAGUGGGUAAUAAUAUAAUCUGAUUUUAAUCUGCCACAAGAUUUUAAUGAACUUGAAACAAACUGCUUGUUGCUCCAAAAUUCAGGAUGAGUGAUACACAUAUACUUCUGAAUUAUUUUGUGUUGAUUGAAAUGGUUUCUUAAGCUUUUUAAUACUAUAAAUAUAUCUUGCUAUAGAAUAUUCAUCUGAAUAUUUAAACUGAUGUCUCCUAUUGUCUUACUAUUAGAGGAAGAAGUGUUGGAUUUAUGGGUUAGGGUCUUCGGAAUAUUCACAAUUUUUUACAUUCGUAAUUAUGUGUGUAAUCCAUUUUAUAUAACUUUGAAGUAAGAUUAAUAUCUUGUAUUGUCUUUAUUUUGUACAACUGGGAAUUUAGAUUAAAUGAACUGCACCCUGCCAUAGAUUACUUAACGUUUGAUUUUUAAAUACCAGGUUUUCAUUUAUUACUAAUCAACUGAUCCCAGUUUUAGUAACUAUUACAAAGGUGGUAGGCGUUAUUUUGAUAGACAAAAUGAGUUGUUGAUUCUGUUUUCCCAUUUUACAUGAGACGAAGAAAUAGUUCAGGUUAAAUUGUUUUGUGUUAAUCAUAUUGUUUGUGAUUCAUGUCAAAUAUGCAGCAUACACAUCCAUGGUCAAUACACGUGCACCAUUUGUUAUUGACUGAUGUGAGGUGGUUGGUCUUUGUUACAUUCAAAAACAGAAUUUUGGAUUUUGAUCUUGGUACAAAAUUUAUCUUUGUGUAGAGAGUAUGGAAUUGAAACAGUUUGGAUUAUGGAUUUUACCUAGAUUGGACAUUGUUGCUUUUGUUUGGUGUAAAUCUAAAAUGGAUUUCUUCAGUGAGGGAGGGACAUGGUUCUGGCAGAAAGGAAAGCUGAUUGGAUUUUUUUGGGUGUAUGAAUAUGCGUGUCUGAAUGGAGUGCUUGGUGAGAAUAUUGUUUUUGGAAUUAGUGAUUUGUUUCUGUGGAUCUCAUGGUCUUGAUAAUUAGGAGAAUUUGCUUUGUGACAUUAACUUUGAUAAUUUGCAAUCAGGUAUGUCCUAUUGCUAAUAACAUUGUUGAAAUGGGUGUGUAUACUUACUUGAUUUGAAAUACAAGGGAAGGGUUGGGAUAAGUGUUUUCUGUUGGAUUUGGAGGUGGAGUUUCUUGGGUUACUGAUUUAAAGGUGAUAUGGUUGGCCCAUACUCUUGAAUUUAAAGAUACUUGUUUUGCCUGAAUCAUUGUGGGAAGUAAAUAUAUUGUGAUUAUGAGAAGUUUCUUUGGGAGGAGGAGUGUAAUAUUUUCAAGGUUAUAUAAUGGGUUAAAGAAUUUUGUUGAAAGAACAAAGAAAAAUGGAUAUUUUUGAGUAAAAAUUGGUUGCAUUAACUUUUGCUCCAAUGCAACUGAACACUAGGGAGGCGCUCUUGAGUUAUAAAAAUUACCCCUUUCUUCCAGUUGAGAUGGAAAAUUCCCCCUUAAAUUUUGUCUUUAGAUUAUUUUUAGGCAUCACAAAGAAGGAAAAACUUGAAUUUAGUUUAUGAAAUUAAGGUUUUACUUUUAUUUAGCAAUCAUUUUACCCAUUGGGGGAUUAAUUUUUACAAAGAUUAGUACUUAAGCUGAGGUUUAGAUUCUCUUAAGAAUUAUCCCUUUUUCAAAAUGGCUUGAUAAAACACCACUUCCUGUCCAGGGAGGAAGUUAUUUUAGCUCAAGGACUGAAAUAUUUAGCAGAUCUUUAGACAAAAGGAACAAAUUACAUUUCUCUCUGGCUUAAAAAGGGUGCUUGAGCCAGAGGGGGUUAAGAAGCCCUCCCCCCUCCCCCUGUUGGGGUGGUCUGGAGGGGCAGGGAGGUGUGGGGGUGGGGGUCCUUAGGCUCCCUGGGAUGGAGGAUCUCUCUCUCUCUCUCUCUCUCUCUCUUUUUUUUUUUUGGUGGAGAUGAAGGGGUGGGUCUAUGGUACAUCACCUGAGUUGUGGGGUAAAUGUAGAGAGUGUCAAUCAAAGGCAGAGCUCUCAGAGCUGGGAAGGAGGCUCUAGAUGGCGGCUGUGCCUUAGAGAGAGCGCGCUCUGCUCCCUGCCUUUGCCUCACUUUACGCAACUUUCCCUAACUUUCGGGCAGCCUCGGGGGGCCCCCGUAGCCCCCUGCCUUUCCUAGUGACUUAGUGGGGUCGAUUCGAACCUUUUUUUGGGAGAAAAGCAGCUUUUAGGAGCUUUCUUUUCGUGCCUUGUUGGAAAGAAGCAGCCGUACUGAGAGCCCAGGUCGUUGUUUUUUCCAGCUUAGAAGCCAUGGCGCACCUCCAUUUUUGUGCGCUCUCCUAAUGAGGUUUUUUUUCUUUCGGACCUGUUUUAGUAUUAAUUAUUGCUUUAUUUUUUUGACCAGUUAACAUAUUUGAGGGUUAUUUUAUUUAUUUUUCGUUUUUUAACGGUGGAUUUUGCCUUUAUUUUUAAUUAUCUGGGAUCUGAUAUUUUUCUACUAGUAGAUAGGACUCUUGCUUUGGACAUACUACAUGGAUCAGUAAAUACCUGGGCACAGGACUUCAAAGCAAACACAGAUUCCCCCUCCCCCUUAAUAUUUAAGAAUUAAAAGAUGAUGAGAAAUAAGGACAAAAGCCAAGAGGAGGACAGUUCGCUACACAGCAAUGCAUCGAGUCACUCAGCCUCUGAAGAAGCUUCGGGUUCAGACUCAGGCAGUCAGUCGGAAAGCGAGCAGGGAAGUGAUCCGGGAAGUGGACAUGGCAGCGAGUCGAAUAGCAGUUCUGAAUCUUCUGAGAGUCAGUCGGAAUCUGAGAGUGAAUCAGCAGGUUCCAAAUCCCAGACAGUCCUCCCAGAAGCCAAAGAGAAGCCAGCCUCUAAGAAGGAACGGAUAGCUGAUGUGAAGAAGAUGUGGGAAGAAUAUCCUGAUGUUUAUGGGGUCAGGCGGUCAAAUCGAAGCAGGCAAGAACCAUCACGAUUUAAUAUUAAGGAAGAGGCAAGUAGCGGGUCUGAGAGUGGGAGCCCAAAAAGAAGAGGCCAGAGGCAGCUGAAAAAACAAGAAAAAUGGAAACGGGAACCCUCAGAAGAUGAACAGGAGCAAGGCACCAGUGCAGAGAGUGAGCCAGAGCAAAAGAAAGUAAAGGCCAGAAGACCUGUCCCCAGAAGAACAGUGCCCAAACCUCGUGUUAAAAAGCAGCCUAAGACUCAGCGUGGAAAGAGAAAAAAGCAAGAUUCUUCUGAUGAGGAUGAUGAUGACGAUGAAGCUCCCAAAAGGCAGACUCGUCGAAGAGCGGCUAAAAAUGUUAGUUACAAAGAAGAUGAUGACUUUGAGACUGACUCAGAUGAUCUCAUUGAAAUGACUGGAGAAGGAGUUGAUGAACAGCAGGAUAAUAGUGAAACUAUUGAAAAGGUCUUAGAUUCAAGACUGGGAAAGAAAGGAGCCACUGGAGCUUCUACUACUGUAUAUGCGAUUGAAGCUAAUGGAGACCCUAGUGGUGACUUCGACACUGAAAAGGAUGAAGGUGAAAUCCAGUACCUCAUCAAGUGGAAGGGUUGGUCUUACAUCCACAGCACAUGGGAGAGUGAAGAAUCCUUACAGCAACAGAAAGUGAAGGGCCUAAAAAAACUAGAGAACUUCAAGAAAAAAGAGGAUGAAAUCAAACAAUGGUUAGGGAAGGUUUCUCCUGAAGAUGUAGAAUAUUUCAAUUGCCAACAGGAGCUGGCUUCAGAGUUGAAUAAACAGUAUCAGAUAGUAGAAAGAGUAAUAGCUGUAAAGACAAGUAAAUCUACAUUGGGUCAAACAGAUUUUCCAGCUCACAGUCGGAAGCCAGCACCCUCAAAUGAGCCUGAAUAUCUAUGUAAAUGGAUGGGACUGCCCUAUUCAGAGUGUAGCUGGGAAGAUGAAGCCCUCAUUGGAAAGAAAUUCCAGAAUUGCAUUGACAGCUUCCACAGUAGGAACAACUCAAAAACCAUCCCAACAAGAGAAUGCAAGGCCCUGAAGCAGAGACCACGAUUUGUAGCUUUAAAGAAACAACCUACAUAUUUAGGAGGGGAGAAUCUGGAACUUCGAGAUUAUCAGCUAGAAGGUCUCAACUGGCUUGCUCAUUCCUGGUGCAAAAAUAACAGUGUAAUCCUUGCUGAUGAAAUGGGCCUAGGAAAGACCAUCCAGACCAUAUCAUUCCUCUCCUACCUGUUCCACCAACACCAGCUGUAUGGCCCCUUUCUUAUAGUCGUCCCUUUAUCCACCCUCACCUCAUGGCAGAGAGAGUUUGAAAUCUGGGCACCAGAGAUUAACGUAGUGGUUUACAUAGGUGACCUGAUGAGCAGAAAUACGAUACGGGAGUAUGAAUGGAUUCAUUCCCAAACCAAAAGAUUGAAGUUCAACGCACUUAUAACAACCUAUGAGAUCCUCUUAAAAGAUAAGACUGUGCUGGGCAGUAUUAACUGGGCCUUUCUGGGAGUGGAUGAAGCCCAUCGGUUGAAGAAUGAUGACUCUUUAUUGUAUAAAACUCUGAUUGAUUUCAAGUCCAACCAUAGGCUCCUGAUUACGGGGACCCCUCUUCAGAAUUCCCUCAAGGAGCUCUGGUCCUUGCUGCACUUUAUUAUGCCGGAGAAGUUUGAAUUUUGGGAAGAUUUUGAAGAAGACCAUGGGAAAGGGAGAGAGAAUGGCUACCAGAGUCUUCAUAAGGUGCUAGAGCCUUUCCUUCUCCGGAGAGUCAAAAAAGAUGUGGAGAAAUCCCUUCCUGCUAAAGUGGAACAGAUUCUCAGGGUGGAGAUGUCAGCCCUUCAGAAACAGUAUUAUAAGUGGAUUCUGACCAGGAAUUACAAGGCUCUUGCCAAAGGAACAAGAGGCAGCACGUCUGGUUUUCUUAAUAUUGUGAUGGAACUGAAAAAAUGUUGCAACCACUGCUAUCUGAUUAAACCCCCUGAAGAAAAUGAAAGGGAAAAUGGACAGGAGAUUCUUUUGUCCCUCAUAAGGAGCAGUGGGAAGCUGAUUUUAUUAGACAAACUGUUGACAAGACUUCGAGAAAGGGGGAAUCGAGUGCUUAUCUUCUCUCAGAUGGUGAGAAUGUUGGAUAUCCUGGCUGAAUACCUAACUAUUAAACAUUAUCCUUUCCAGCGUCUGGAUGGUUCCAUCAAGGGAGAAAUCCGAAAACAGGCACUGGACCACUUCAAUGCAGAUGGGUCUGAGGACUUCUGUUUCCUGCUCUCGACAAGGGCUGGUGGCCUGGGAAUCAAUUUGGCUUCAGCGGACACAGUCGUCAUCUUUGACUCUGACUGGAACCCCCAGAAUGACUUGCAGGCACAAGCCCGAGCGCAUAGAAUUGGUCAGAAGAAGCAGGUAAAUAUUUACCGCUUAGUUACAAAGGGGACUGUGGAGGAGGAGAUCAUAGAACGGGCCAAAAAGAAGAUGGUAUUGGAUCAUCUGGUGAUUCAGCGCAUGGACACCACUGGCCGGACGAUCCUGGAAAACAACUCAGGAAGGUCCAACUCAAAUCCUUUUAAUAAAGAAGAGCUGACAGCUAUUUUGAAAUUUGGAGCAGAGGAUCUCUUCAAAGAACUGGAAGGGGAGGAAUCAGAACCACAGGAAAUGGAUAUAGAUGAAAUUUUGCGGUUGGCUGAAACGAGAGAGAAUGAAGUGUCAACAAGUGCAACAGAUGAGCUUCUAUCACAGUUCAAGGUUGCCAACUUUGCAACAAUGGAAGAUGAAGAAGAGCUGGAAGAGCGUCCUCACAAGGACUGGGAUGAGAUCAUUCCAGAGGAACAGAGGAAAAAAGUAGAGGAGGAAGAGCGGCAGAAGGAGCUAGAAGAAAUUUAUAUGCUGCCUCGAAUUCGGAGUUCCACUAAAAAGGCUCAGACAAAUGACAGUGACUCUGACACUGAGUCUAAGAGGCAGGCCCAGAGAUCCUCUGCUUCUGAGAGUGAGACGGAAGACUCUGAUGAUGACAAGAAGCCAAAGCGCAGAGGGCGUCCCAGGAGUGUGCGGAAGGACCUCGUGGAGGGAUUUACUGAUGCAGAGAUCCGAAGGUUCAUCAAGGCUUAUAAGAAGUUUGGUCUCCCUCUUGAACGGCUGGAGUGCAUAGCACGUGAUGCUGAGCUGGUAGAUAAGUCGGUGGCAGAUCUGAAGCGCCUGGGUGAACUGAUCCACAACAGUUGUGUGUCAGCAAUGCAGGAAUAUGAAGAGCAGCUGAAAGAAAAUGCCAGCGAGGGAAAAGGACCAGGGAAAAGGAGAGGUCCAACAAUCAAGAUAUCUGGAGUUCAGGUUAAUGUGAAAUCCAUUAUCCAACAUGAAGAGGAGUUUGAGAUGCUGCAUAAAUCUAUCCCUGUGGACCCUGAAGAAAAAAAAAAAUACUGCUUAACCUGUCGUGUCAAAGCUGCACAUUUUGAUGUAGAGUGGGGGGUGGAAGAUGAUUCUCGCCUGUUGCUGGGAAUUUAUGAACAUGGCUAUGGAAACUGGGAGUUAAUUAAAACAGACCCAGAGCUUAAAUUAACUGACAAAAUUCUGCCGGUGGAGACAGAUAAAAAGCCUCAGGGGAAGCAGCUACAGACCCGAGCGGAUUACUUGUUGAAGCUGCUCAGAAAGGGUCUGGAGAAGAAGGGGACUGUGACAGGCGGGGAAGAGGCCAAAUUAAAGAAGCGGAAGCCUCGGGUAAAGAAGGAAAACAAAGUGCCCAGGCUGAAAGAGGAGCAUGGAAUUGAGCUUUCAUCUCCUAGGCAUUCAGAUAAUCCAUCAGAAGAGGGAGAAGUGAAAGAUGAUGGCUUGGAAAAAAGUCCAAUGAAAAAAAAACAGAAGAAGAAAGAGAACAAGGAGAACAAGGAGAAGCAAAUGAGUUCUAGGAAAGACAAAGAAGGGGACAAGGAAAGAAAGAAGUCAAAAGACAAGAAGGAAAAGCCUAAAAGUGGUGAUGCCAAAUCUUCGAGUAAAUCAAAGCGAUCUCAGGGUCCUGUCCAUAUUACAGCAGGAAGUGAACCUGUCCCCAUUGGAGAGGAUGAGGAUGAUGAUCUGGACCAGGAGACAUUCAGCAUAUGUAAGGAGAGGAUGAGGCCUGUGAAAAAGGCACUGAAACAGCUCGACAAACCUGACAAGGGGCUCAAUGUGCAAGAACAACUGGAACACACCCGGAACUGCCUACUGAAAAUCGGAGACCGGAUAGCCGAGUGCCUUAAAGCCUACUCAGAUCAGGAGCACAUCAAACUCUGGAGGAGGAACUUAUGGAUUUUUGUUUCCAAGUUUACAGAAUUUGAUGCUCGAAAACUGCAUAAGUUAUACAAGAUGGCUCAUAAGAAAAGGUCUCAAGAAGAGGAGGAGCAAAAGAAGAAAGAUGACGUGACUGGGGGUAAGAAACCAUUUCGUCCAGAGGCCUCAGGCUCCAGCCGGGACUCUCUGAUAUCUCAGUCCCAUACCUCACACAACCUUCACCCUCAGAAGCCUCAUUUGCCUGCCUCCCAUGGCCCACAGAUGCAUGGACACCCAAGAGAUAACUACAAUCACCCCAACAAGAGACACUUCAGUAAUGCAGAUCGAGGAGACUGGCAGAGGGAAAGAAAGUUCAACUAUGGUGGUGGCAAUAACAAUCCACCAUGGGGAAGCGACAGGCACCAUCAGUAUGAGCAGCACUGGUACAAAGACCACCAUUAUGGGGACCGGCGACAUAUGGAUGCCCACCGUUCUGGAAGCUAUCGACCCAACAACAUGUCCAGAAAGAGGCCUUAUGACCAGUACAGCAGUGACCGAGACCACCGGGGACACAGAGAUUAUUAUGACAGGCACCAUCAUGACUCCAAGCGGAGGAGAUCCGAAGAAUUUAGGCCUCAAAAUUACCACCAGCAGGAUUUCCGACGAAUGUCUGAUCACCGCCCCCCUAUGGGCUACCAUGGCCAGGGACCCUCAGACCAUUACCGCUCUUUCCACACAGACAAACUGGGGGAAUAUAAACAGCCUCUACCCCCAUUGCACCCUGCAGUCUCAGAUCCUCGCUCACCCCCUUCUCAGAAAUCUCCUCAUGAUUCCAAGUCACCCCUGGAUCAUAGGUCUCCUUUGGAGAGAUCACUAGAACAGAAAAACAACCCAGAUUAUAACUGGAAUGUUCGGAAAACAUAAAGGACAGCUCGUAAAGGAGAGAGUAAGAGUCACCAAACACGUGGAUAUUUUUGGUCUGAUCCUACAGUAGCCAGUUAUCUAGACCAGUAAGUGGAGUUUCGGACACGCUGCUGCUGUCAACUCACUGGCUGAAGGAGCACUUCAAGGAAUGGGAGGCCUUUCACUGGGUCCAGCUCUGAUUUGGGUCACCACUCCUGCACUUUGGCAGCCCAUCCCAUUCCAGCCUAGUUCUGGCCUCCCACUUUGAUGGGCACUUGAAGGAGGAGCUGACUUUGUGUAUACCAGCUUCACUGGGAUGUGUUUCCCCAGUCAAGGAAUAGGGAUCUUCAGAGUCAUGAAUGUUUUCUUGCCAGAAUCAGUGUUCCCAGGACCUUAGUGCGUCACUGGGGCAGGAACUGGUGCAUGGAGGCUGCUGGGACCUGAUGUUACAGUGUGUGAUUUGGUUGAUUUGGUUCAUUCUGACAUGAUGGAUGCUGCUGAUGGGGAGUGGGGAGUUGGGGCAAGUGGGUGGGGACAAGCAUAGGACUUGAAGGGGAGCAGGUACACCCCUCACAUGUGUUCUUGGGAGAAAUGAUACACUCGGCCUCAUUAUGUGAAACCUGUGGGCAGGGUUGGGGUGGGGAAGUAGAGAGAGGGCAACAGCUUCCACAACUGCUUUCUCUCUGCCAACACUAAUUUUCCCACACUGUCUUUGUACAUUUCAGAGGUUUGGUCUCCAGAGUGGGCCUCCUUUCCCCACUGUGCCAGGGAAAGUAGGUCGCUCUGGAUGACUUUUGAGUACUGUGAGUUAGGCAACACUGACUCCAGCAUGGGUGUUACUUGACUGGGGAGUAGGCUGAGGGAGAAGUAGGGGGGGGUGGGGGGGGGAGUAGUGUGGCCAGAGAACUGGAAUCCCUGGUGGAUUUCUGAUUCCUAUGGUGAGAAGGAAAACUACAGGACCUGGAGAAGGGGAUGCAGAGGCAGGCCUGCUGACCAGUUUGUUGCUGGCAAUCACAAAGGUGGGGGUCCUGGUGCAGGCAGUGAACAGGCUUCUAAUGUGGGGUUCAGUAGUGCCAGCAAGUGGGGGAAACUUUCAGUAUUGGGCUAGGUCAACACUUCCUGCUGCAUUUUCCUUCCCUUUGCACAGCUUGAAGAAAUAGAUUGGACAGAAUCACACAUCAUGUGGUGGGCAGAUGGAAAUAAGUACCUGUGGUGAACAAGUUUCUACUGUAGUUGGAGAUCAUUAGAAUUGAAUUCAGUUUCUCUUAGAAUAUAAUCAGGUAUAGACCUAAGUUAAACUUUUUCCCAAACAGGGAGCAUCCAAAGACACAGUGACUUGAGCUAUAGAUAGUAAGAAUCACACUAGAGUUGAACUGAGUCAGGUUUAGGAAGCAAGUUGGUUGCAUCAAUUAAGCAGGCUCUUUUCAAUUUACUGAUGCUGAGGCCUUCAGUUUUACCAUUCUCAGUGGAGCUUGCCAGUAUUGUUGAAGUAUCCAAAGGCCUUUCUAGAUGGAGACAGAAUAACUGACUUGAACAUACAGUGUGCCUGUAAGUGUCCAGGCUCAGAGCUGGUGAAAACCCUUCUGUUAGGCAUGUGCAGCAUUAAACUCCCUGAAGUAACUUGUGAGGACUUCAGUGCUUGCUGGUGUUCUGGGCAGCACCAUGAAUGCCUUUACCAAGACAUGCUGCGUUGUAUCCUCCAAAUGAAGCAGAUGUGGCUGUGAUGUGGCCCUUGCUCCUGCUACACAGAGCAUUGCAGGACUGGCCUGUGCGGUUUCCAGAUGAGGGUCUGGAUCCUGAAAACUUGUGUUGAGAGCUCAGUGGACCCACUCACCUUACUGAACCCUCAUAGUUGUUGGGGUUCAGCCUGGAUUUGUAGCACACAUGCGCUGAAGCAAAGCCCUGGUGACUGCAUGAGCCACCUGACCACAGUCCUCCCAUGGAGGGCCUGCUGUGAUGCUCAGUAGAGAGGGCAGGGCAUGUGUCUCCACUUAGGCCACACAGUGAUAAGGAAACCACAGAUGGAGCUGCUUGCUGAUCAUAUUGACUCUAGCCCAUGUUUGCUUUGCCCAAGCCAAAGAGGAAGGUUAGGUUGGCUUGUCAAGCCCUUGAGCAAUGGGAGAUAGGGUGGGAAGGAGAUGAGCCCCUGCAGAGAGUUGGUUCGUGUCCUCCAGGAAUGAAAGGAGGGGCAAUGGAGUCACCAGAGGCCCUGCAUUUCCAUCAGGGUUUCCACAGUCAUCAGGGCUUCUCUCGAGUCGCUGAUAGAUGUGAGUUAUGCCCAAAGAUGUCUUAUCAUGAGGAAAAAGGAACUUCCUUUUGUUCACAUUCAGGACUGACUGUUAGUGCCAUAUGAAGUAGCAAAAGGCGGUAUCGGCCAGAUCAGUGUUACGUUGAUCGUAAAAUUACAGUGUCCCCAUUAGACAACUGGUUUAGGUGCUGAAGUAUGUUUGAAGAGUGUGUUGGGAAAAAGGAAGCAUUUCUUCAUCGAUUUAAAUCAAUAUGAAUAUUAUAUGCUUAAAUAAACAAAUUUGCACAGGUAAAUUCUCUCACUUGUGAAUGGGAGAAGCUGCCCCAGGAAUCUGUGAGGAUGGUAUUCCCUGGAGCCUGGCUUUGAAAGAUUUCAUUGUUUGUAGAAAUAACGGGUUGAGGAAGAGGGAUUUAGCAUCACCUAAAACCUGCACGUGAAUAAGGGUUGACAUGAUACACUAUGGCCUUAGAAAAGGGCCACAUGAAACCCCAAGCUAAUCACUGCGGUCUUUCAGAGCCGGACAGACAGGUGCCAGCAGAGCCCGGGGCUCGCUCUCCUUUCAGUCAUUCCUUAGCCCUUCAAAGGGAAGCCCAAACACUUUGCACGCUGUGCUGCAGACAUUCUGGCCUGGUGUGUCUGAAAGUUGCAUCAGUCCUCACGGUGCAAACACGGUUUAUUUAGGAAGUCACAUAAUGACACUGAAAUCCUACAGACCAAAAUCCACUUGUCAGCAGGAGCAGCAGCCCAGGCCCAGCACCAGCGGUCUUCCGGCUCCUCUGAGGGCUGCCAUGUUGGGCGAGGGGAGCCAUGCCAAGGGUCCAGGCUGCUUUAGGCCAUCUGUGCCCCACUCACCUGGGGACAGAUGGUUUUUCUUUAUUGUAAAAUUGUGGACUUUUAAAACCUGUUGACUAAACAGUAAUUAAUUUAUAUUUGUGAAAAAUGCCACUGUCCUAGUGAUUUCUGAUGUAAAUAAUGUUGUUUAUAUAGUAUGUAUUAAAUUUUCCUACAUUGUAAAACUGCUGUACUUUUGAUUCUUGUAUAUUAAAAAGUGUUACUGAGGAUUUUUAGAAUUGGGC